CCUCUCUCCCUAAAUACUCCCUCCCCCUCCCCCUCUCUCUAAAAAUAGGAAAAACCUUUUUCCCAAGAUCUGACCUUAUUUUUGCUCUUCUCGGUAGGCGUUGUCAAAAGGGGGUCUCUUGUGACUCUUCUCCUCCUAAGAAUCCCUGCCUCUGUCCUGUUUGUUUCCCAUCACAGGCCACCCCCCCGCUAUCUUCGUCUCCCCUUGUUUAUCCACAAAUUCUUUCCCUUUUUUUUUUUUUCCCUCUCCUCUCUGUCUCGAAAUUUUCCCUUUUUGCCCUCUGCUCCGUGCGUUAUCCCUCGAUCUAUCCCGAUCUCGAUUCUUUUUCAGUGAUGACAUUGCUACAACUUUGCUGUGGUAUACAUGAAAUUAUUUGGAGGACCUUGGCUGUUUUUGGAUCAUGGAUUCACAAGGAUUCAUGGAGGCAAAGGAUAAAGUAAAGGAGGAAGUGACUGAAAGAUAGAACGAUGACAAAAAUUCGGGAUCGUUAAGGGUGUUGUCUGUCAGUUGUGGUUGAAAACAUGGAUUUGGAGGUGGUGAAAUCUGACUUGGCCCAAGUUUCAAUGGAAUCUGUGUGUGACAAAAAUGGAAAAAUGCAUCAGGGAAUUUGUCCAAGUGAACCCAUUAUAUUCGGUUCACACGAUGUUGAUGAGCCAGUUAAUAUCAAAGGAAUUAGUGCUUCAGUUCCCGAUGUCCCGAAGGAUGUUGAGGACGAGUGGCCAGAAGCUCAGAAGAUACAUUCCUUUUUUUUCGUCAAGUAUCGAUCGUACGAGGAUCCUAAACUCAAGGCCCAAAUGGAGUAUGCCGAUAGUGACCUUCGAAAGAAAGAUCAAGCACGCUCUCAGCUCAUCGAAAAAAUGAGGGCAAAAAAGUCCGCUAAAUUUGAGCUGGAUGAACAAAUAAGGCCUCUGAGAACUGAGAACGAUCAGUACUGGACGAUCAUGGGUGAGAAGAGAAAAGAGAUGGAACCUCUGCAGCAUGCACUUGGCAAGUUGCGUAACCCAAACAGUGUUAACCGAGAGAAGGGUGUUGGUCUGUGUUCAUCUGAAGAUGAGCUUAAUUAUGUUAUCAAAAGCUUGCAUUACCGUAUUCAACAUGAAAGUAUCCCGCUUUCUGAGGAGAAGCAACUCCUAAGAGACAUUAAACAGCUUGAAGGGACAAGGGAAAAAGUAAUUGCUAAUGAUGCUAUGAGAGUGAAGAUUCAGGAUUCGCUGGGUGAAAAAGAUGUCAUUCAGGACCAGGUUAAACUUAUGGGAGUCAAUUUGGAUGGAGUCAGAAAGGAUAUGCAGGCAGUGAAGGACAAGAUUAAGGCACUUGUCGAAGAACGGGUUAUCAUAAAAAAUGAAAUUACUAAGCUGGAUGCUGAAGUGACGGCUGCAACAGAAAGCCGGGAUGCAGCAUAUAAAAAACUCUGGGAAUUGAGGAAUCAACGUGACAAGGGGAAUUCUUGCUAUUUUCAAAAUCGUGAAUUCUUGUACGAGGUCAAAGGACUUGCUGCAAAGAAGGAUAUUGGAACCCUCAUGGAAAAAGAAAAAAAGGAGGUUGAGGAAUUUAUGUCCCGGUGGAACGGUAGCAAGGAUUUUAGGGAUGAUUAUGAGAGAAGAAUUUUGCCGUCAUUGGACAUGCGCCAGUUGAGCAGAGAUGGACGCAUUAGGAACCCAGAUGAGAAGCCAUUGUUGGUGCAAGAGGCACGAAAUUCGUAUGAAAAUGUGACAGUAACUAAAACCAAUAUAAAACGACCAACAAAAGAAGAUUCCAUCUCCUCUCCAGUUGCUGUCCCUGUUGUUGAGGAAGUGACGAAAGAAGCAAAAAGUAAACCACAGAAAGAAGCAAAGAAUAACAAGCCAAUAAGUUCUGGAAAACCUAUGGAGCCGAUUGAGUUGGAAGACAAAGGGGAAUUCUACGUGUCUGAAAAGGUGCAAAAAGAUUUGCCACCAAAGGCUAAUGAAGUUGUGGAUGAAGCUAAGCUGAAGGAGAUGAAAAGAGAAGAGGAGAUUGCAAAAGCCAAGCUUGCCUUGGAAAGGAAGAAGAAACUGGCGGAGAAAGCGGCUGCAAAAGCAGCCAUAAAGGCUCAGAAAGAAGCUGAAAAGAAGCUUAAGGAUCGUGAAAAGAAAGCAAAGAAGAAGGCUGCGGCAUCUGGACCUGCUUCCGAACCGGAGGAUCAACCAGCUGAAGUGGGUCCUGAUGUUACCGAACCGGAAAAGGCGGAGGAAAAUGUUGAAGCUCUAGUUCCAUCAAAGAAAAAGGACCGAAAGGAAACCACAAUUAGGUACAGCAAAAGAGCAAAAGGUGCAGAUUCACUUCCCAGAGUCAUACUCAAGCGAAAGAAAUCAACUAACUACUGGUUAUGGGCUGCUGCUCCUGCUGCUGUUUUGUCUGUUGCUAUGCUUUUAGUGGUUGGAUACAAGUAUUUCCUCUGAAGUUUAGAAAAAAGGGUCGUAUUUGGUGGAACAAUUUACGGACCAAAUUUUUGUUUCUUGGUGAUCCGUGUGGUUUAGGUAUGUACUAUGGACGUAACUUGUUUAUGUUCAUGUUCUUUUGUUUUUUUUAUAACAUGUCGAGUAUGGACUUGGCAGAACUCAUUAGGUUAUCGGUAGAUCAGGGAGUAUGAGAUACUUGCAGGCGAAUCACCUAUAUACCUUUUACUUGGUGUACUUUUGAAUUUUAACUUUUAGACUGGAAGGAAUGUUUUUUUAAGGCAUUUGCUUUUACAGGAA